GGAGGGAGAGGAAGGUAGUGGAAGUUGUGAAAGGAGUGAGAGAGGUAGUGUGGGUGUCGCCUCUCGCAGUCUGUGUCACGGGGUAACUGGUCACAGUGUUCAGUGAACUUGGUCCACAAUUUACAGGACACACAGAGUGUUCUGGGAAGGAAUAUCGCACAUUGGGUGAUAAACGACGCCUGGUAGCAGCACGUGAAUGUGAGGUGAGGGGUGGGACGGAGGGAGGGAGUGUAUAAUACACCUGGCCCACCUGUGUUACACCUGCUUGGGGGCGGCAGGACAUCACCUACACCCACGCCCUGGCUUACUCUCUUCCCUGAGCACAUAACCCAAUAACAAUGGUGGUGGCAUGACACAACAGAGGUGAGCAGCGGCGGGAUGCAGUGGAGGGUCUCCACCAUGCACCAGUUCUACACUAGUGUUACCUGAUGAAGGUUAAAAUGCCUUUCAAGUUGCGGCUAAAGAAGACAAGGCAUUAUAAUGUGUUGUCGCGCAAUGUGCUCGUCAUCAGCGUAGAGCUGCUAGACAAGACCACACUAGAGUGUACACUUUCAGCUGAUUCAACAGGCCAGGACUGUCUACACAAUGUGUUUCAGAGGCUCUCAUUACACCAGCCUGAAUUUUUUGGUCUACGUUACAUGAGCAAGAAGCCAUACCCCAAAGUCAGAUGGGUAGAACUGGAUCGACCUUUGAAGAAACAGUUAGACAAAUAUGCUCAAUCCCCGGCCCUUGCAUUAGCUGUCCUUUACUAUAUCCACGAUGUGUCUCUGCUGCAGGAUGAUGUCACCAGGUCACACUACUUCCUGCAGGUUAAGCAAGAUGUGUUGGAGGGUAAACUACGGUGCAACCAUGAGCAAGCUGUUCUGCUUGCCUCUUACAGUCUCCAAGCUGAAUUUGGUGACCACCAGCCAGAUCGUCAUACAGCAGAAUACCUCAAGGAUUUUAUGCUCUUCCCAAAACAGGUGGGAAGUGAUGGGGAGGUGGCAGCAUUGCUGGAGGCGGUGGUGUGGCAGUAUUCCUCGCUACAGGGCCUAGCACAAGCCUUGGCUGAGACUUACUACAUACUAGAGGCUCAGCGUCUUGAUGGGUAUGGGCAAGAAACUUUCAUGGCCAGGGAUGAGCGUGGUAGUGAGGUUUAUCUUGGCACAUCACUUAUGGGUAUAGAUGUCAGACCUGCAGCUGGGCACACGCACAUAUUCUACAGAUGGAAUGACAUUACGAACCUGGUCAACAACAAACGUAACUUUGGUAUCGAGUGUCAGCGAACAGACGAAACUGUUCACUUUACUUUUGAUGAGCCUGAUGCUGCCAAGUAUGUUUGGAAGAUGUGUGUCAAACAGCACACCUUCUACAAGAGGAACCAGGAGGUACUGGAAGGGAACAGUGGCACUGAUACCCGUAGCCUGGCCAUCCCAGACCUACAGAGCUCUGUCAUGACAGCACAGCUCCAGCACCUCAGUGCUUCACAUGAUAUGGUGGAUAGUCGUGGUGGGCUGGGAGAGUUGACCAUGAGGAGCUCUGCAGAUCAGGGAGCCUUAGCCUCCUACACCACCACACUGCCACAGUUUGAUAUGUCUUAUAUACAACAGUCGGCAGAGUCAAGUGGUCACCUGGGUGCUACAGUAGAGUCUUCCAGUUCACAGUUGAUGAGUGACCCAUCAUAUGCGUUGUUGUCACAGUCAGCAUAUUCUUUAAAUACCACUCACCAUCCUCAACAGAACCAAGUUGUCUUAACAUCUCAUAAUCAAGUGUCACAACCAUCAGCUUUGCAACAACAACAACAGUCUCAACAGCAACAACAACAGCGGGAUGGAGGAGGGCAACAAGUGACUCUCUAUUCUUCAAAUCUUAGUCUUCCAACAACCAGAACAAGUUUUAGAAGGAGCCUCCUCCCUCAGUACCGGCCAGCGCCAGACUAUGAGACUGCAUUAGUACAGAAGUAUGGACCUGGAGUAAACCCUGCCAACUUAAGGGCCACCAUGUUGUACUCUUCUCAGCCAGAGAUCUCCAAUAGUCAUGUAAUGGAGGGAACUGCUCAUGAGUUGUCACAACCUGCUGGAGGAGUGGGCAGCUAUAGCCAUUACAAGGGCUACACGGACCUGUCCCUACAUCCUGACCCAUCUGUACCUCAGCUAAGCAGAUCAGCCGGAAUACUCAUGCCAGGACCUCUACACAAUACAUACAGCACUCCAGAGUUAGCCUCACCCUCUGCUGGUGAGCUGUUAGAUGGUGGGUCAAGGUGCAGUGACGGAGGGAGAGAAGCAGGUCGGGACCAUGAACAUGAGCUGCUACAUGUGUACAAGCCACCACCUCCAUACCCCUACAAUAAGCCCUCCAGUAACAGCACUCCUGACCUGGCUACAAUCAACCAGGGUGGGAAUCUAAGUCCAGAUCUAGCAUCUAGACGUCGAGCACUCUUAACAGCUUCCUUGGGGUGUCUUGGUUCGCCUGACCUCUCACGCACCUACGAAAAUUUAGCUGAUCUGAGUGAAGCGGUUGAGAGUCUACGUAAUGAAUUAACAAGGACGACAGAAACGGGCAACACAUUCUUUCAAUCUCUUCACUCAUUCAAUCAUAAUUACUCCUGCAAUGACCUUGAUGCAAUAUACCAACUAAGUGAUGGACGAGUAGCCAUGGGAACAAACCUCAACCUUAACCCAAUGUUUGCAGGUGACCAGUCUUCCCAGCAAUCUCAACAGAAAAAACAGGGUACUGCCCCUCAGUAUUCUGCUCCUCCACGUUAUAGUUCACAGUUUGCUGCACAAUACACAGACCCUCAGUACCCUAGUGGAGCAGUACAAAGUUCUCAAGAACCUAUUUACCAAAAUAUUGCUGCUUUGAGAACUGAUGAACCCCGUGAGCGCACCCGUUCAGCUCCGGAGAUUGAAAAUAAUCCCAUGAAUGUGGUUGGACCUACACAGGGAAGCCAUUUAUUAGGUCAGAUGGGAGGAGAAGAAGUGCAGGGAGGAAGGAGCAGGGCUCUUUCACAACCUGUUAGACAGUCAGCAAUUGAUCCCCAAAUUUAUAUCGAAAACCGUUUAGGAGAACAACAGCGAGGUCCUAUUGAGGCAAUUAAUACAGCCAUGGGUCAGAUACCUGUGUUCAGUGCCCAACAAGAAUUACGCCAUAACCAUCACCACCACUUACAAAUACAGCAACAAAUACAAGCUCUCUCCCUUCAGCAGCAGCAGCAAAAGCAGCAGCACCAGCAGCUUCAGCAACAAUUACAGUUGCAGCAGCAACAGAUACAACAGAAAAAGGAACAACAGCAACAGCAACUUCAGCAGCAGCUACAAGCUCAGCAACAGCAACAGAGCUCUCAGAUCCUUAGUCAAGGUAGCCACCAUCAUUUGCAGCAACAACAGUUGCAGCAUCAGAUGAAUCAGCAGAGACAACAACAGGCACAAGAACAACAACGUCAACAACAAAUUCAAGAACAUAAUAGACAACAAGACCAUCAAAAACAGCAGCAACACCAAAAGCAAAUGCAGCAACAGAUACAACAGCAACAGGCAUCCCAAAAGAUGGUGCAACAACAACAGUUAAGACAACAGCCUCAGUCAGUGGGAGUAACACAGCAGAUAAAGCAGCAAUCUGCAUAUCAACGAGAAGCAGGUGGAGAGUCCAGUGGCCUUAAACUCUCUCCGCGAAAAAAAUGGGGAGCACCAUCUGCUGGUCCCAUGAUGUUGGCAGGGCAGUCUGAACCUAUUCUUGCCUCUAAUGUGUCUACUCUGGACAGUCACACAACACAUGACACUGGUCAGACAAGGACACGAGAAGCUACUGCCGACGCCAUGGCAGUGCAUGACACAGGGCAGACAAAAAUGCGAGAUACCCCUGCAGAUUCCCCCUCAGCACAUGAUAUUGGUCAAACAAGGGUAAAGGAAACUGCUGUGGACUCCCAUACUGCACGUGAUAUUGGACAAACAUCCACUCGUGAUGCUGUGGGGACCAGUGAACUGAUGAGGACUAUUGACAAACCUCAUCAAGGAGCUGGAGCAACAAAAGGUGUAACCCCAGAUGUGCUUAGAGGAGCAACGCUUUCCAAAGGGGGACCAAAAGAUCCAAGGUCAGUUCAGCUUGAGACCAAAUUAGUGAGUGGUGAUAUCCUCCAGGAGUUUGAGCUUAUCCCAAGAAUAAAAUCAAAUGCCGAUUUCACCACAGCCACCAAACCAGACAACAUCCCACGUAAUCGGUAUAAGGACAUUGUUCCCUAUGAAGAGAACAGAGUCAAGAUCACCCCUACCAAGGACAACAAAAGUGGAUACAUUAAUGCCUCACAUAUCACUGCAAGUGUGGGAGAGAGUCAACGCUUCUACAUCUGCUGCCAAGGUCCACUUGCCAAUACUGUCUCACAUUUUUGGCAAUGUGUAUGGGAGGCUGAUGUUUAUCUGGUGGUUAUGUUAACAUCUGUAACUGGUGAUACUGCCACCAGCAAAAGUUUCCCCUAUUGGCCACAAACAGAUAACACAAGUGUUGAGUGUGGGCAGUACCGAGUGCUUCGUAAGCAUAGCACAGUGAGUGGAUCCCAUGUCACCAGCAGACUACAGGUGGUUUAUGUGCCAGCAAGGAAGACACGUACUAUUUGGCAUCUCCAGUUCACAGAUUGGACCGAUCAUGGUUGUCCUGAAGAUACCCUUGGAUUUAUCAGUUUUUUGGAAGAAUUAUCAACUCUGCGAAGAUACACGUAUCAGGAAGUUCGGGGUGUUGGCCGCAACCGCAACACUCCAGUUCUGGUUCAUUGUUCUGCUGGUGUGGGUCGAUCAGGGGUGACCAUCUUGUGUGACCUUCUCUUGGAGGCUACAGAUCACAAUCUUCCUUUGGAUCCCCCAAAAGUCCUUCUCCACCUGAGGCAGCAGAGGAUGGCUCUUGUCCAGACCAUUGCCCAAUACAAGUUUGUGUAUCAAGUCCUCCUAGCCUACCUCAACCGAGCCAGACUUAUAUAGCUCCACAAAGACAGUGGGGUCUCGCAUCAUAUAAAGUGAACAUGGUACAGUCCUCGUGUCAUAUUAUUAUACUAUAUGCCGCUUGCAUUGCAAAGACCCAUAUGCCAGAGUGUUGUGUAAGCAAUAUGAUGCUUGCUUGCUUAAUCAGAGAAAUUUUCAUAAACAGCUUAUCAUCAUUAUUGCUUGUUUUUCCUCUUUCAUUUCUGUCUAGGGUAUUUGAAGCCCAGUGAAUGAAAAAUGCAUAAACUCAAUGGGAAAUAUAGCCACAUCAAACAGUUGGUGUCUCUGUCCGAACUGUAUCAUAAUCCAACCUAAAUGAGAUAAUACAGCGCCAGCUGUUUGAGAUCCUGAACUACAUAUUAUAGUAGUGAACAGUCUUGGUUAUAAUGUCCCUUAUCUGAGGAUGUUAAUACACAUUUGUUCUGGAUGUAUUGUAUUAGCCAAAAAUUGGAAACCAAAUGAUUCCUCUCUUCCUGUCAGACCACUCUGACAGCAGCAAUUUGUAGACAAGUACUGCUGUCAGAGUGGUCUCACAGGAAGAGAACAAUGUGUAUUAACAUCCUCAGGUAAGGGACAUUAUAACCAAGACUGUUCACUGGCAUAAUACAUGCCUCCCCCGCAUUACAGAAUUUCAUUCAUACAAAAUUUUGAAGUAAUGACCAAAAUUUUGGUUUACGGAAAAAACUAACCCUUACAGAAUAUUUUUUAAUUAAUUUUGAGUCGAUUCUUUGUGGUAGCCACAAGGCCGCUGCGGUCCUACAACAACAACAUUUUCAGUCUGUCUGAAUCUCCAGCCAAUGUUCAGCUGUGCCUCUCUUUUUCUGGACUGUAUUAUAGGUAUAGUACUGUGCAAUCUUAUUCAAGAUGAGUGGAAAGAUGCCAUCAAGUGCAAGUGCUAACAUUGGUGGUAAGAAACCACUUUGGAAACAAAAUUAGAUGUGUUAAGGAAGUUUGACCCGGGGGAGAAGCUUCGUUACAUUGCCAAAACUUUGGGCCUUGCUACCUCCACUGUUGGAAUAAUUCGUGAUAACAAAGAUAAAAUUAGGGCUAGUGCUAAAGUUGCUACUCCUUUGUCAGCCCUUACACUGAAUUUUCAGCAUAGUGAUGUUAUGAUAAAAAUGGAACGCUUACUCAGUGUGUGGAUUAAGGACCAGACCAAGUGAAAUGUGCCCAUUAACAUCAUGGUGAUUCAGGAAAAGGCUCAGGGUCUGUUAUGCAGAAUGCAGAUUUAAGCAGGAACAAGGUGCUAGAUCUGAUGAAAAACCCUUUGAUGCCAUCAAAAGGUGGUUUGAGAAUUUUAAGAAAUGCUAAAACCUACACAACGUUAACAGCAGUCAGUGCUGAUACUGAGGCUGCUAGUAAUUAUCCAGCACUAAUAAAGGCAGUCAUUGAGGCUAGUAGAUACACACCAUAGGUAUACUAUGUUGUUGAAACAGGUCUGUUUUGGAAGUGCAUUCCUCCCAGGACAUUUAUUUCAACUGAAGAGAAAACAACUCCUGGGCUUAAGGUUUCCAAAGAUCGUGUAACCCUUCCGUUAGGGGGUAAUGUUGCAGAAAAUUUUAAUUAAAGCCCAUGCUUGUGUACCACUCAGAAAAUCCAAGGACUGCGCUAAAUCUAAGUUACCAGUGAUAUGGUUUUCCAAUAGGAAAGCAUGGAUGACUGGCAGCCUAUUCAAAGAUUGGUUUACCAACUGUUUCUGUCUUGCAGCAGAAAGGUACAGAAACCCAAAAAAUAUUGCCAAUAAAGUCUUGUUGCUUCUAGAUAAUGCUCCCAGCCACCCUGUUAACCUUAAUGACCUCUCCACUAAUAUCAGGGUUGAAUACCUGCCCAAGAACACAACUUUCUUGCUACAGCCUAUGGAUCAAGGUGUGAUUGCCAGCUUUAAGGUGUACUGUUUACGCAGGACUUUAGACAACUUAUAACUGCAAUUGACGGUAAGGCUCCACAAUCAGUCCUAGAUUUCUGGAAAAGUUUUAUCAUGAAUGCUGUAUAAAACAUUGCCAAGUCAUUGGAUUAGGUCAAAUGUAAAAUUAUGGAAGAACAUCUGGCCAGAAUGUGUCCAUGAUUUCAAAGGUUCCCCAGGUUCAGACCUUGGAUCAGGUGCAGCAGGAAAUUUAAACUCUAGCAAAUGGUGCAUGGUUUGAAGAAGUGGAUCAGGAUGGUGUAGUUGAACUGUUAGUCACACAGAGAGGAUCUGUCCAUUGUGGAUCUUAUGUUAAUGGAACAGAAGCGAGCUGUUGCUGAGGAACAGGAAGAUACCUGUACAGAAGUUUCAUCUACAUCCUGUGAAUUGACAUCAAAGGUUUUGUCUAAAGUGCUUAGUCAACUGCAAGAUGUGAUGCAAAUGAUUGAGAUAGAAUGCAACCUCAAGUUUGCAAGAGAAUUGGAGAUCACCUUGAGGGGCUGAAAAAUUGUUCCAUCACCGACAGACCACAUUGAACAAUUCUUUGCCUCAAGACCACAGCCAGCAGCCAAAGUUGAUGAUGGUGAUCCACAGGGAGAAGCAGGAGUCAGCAGUGACCCACUCUCUCCCUCUCAGUAAUUCCAAUUGCACCACCUCACCUCACCUAGUUCAGCACUCCACAUCAUUUCUGGUAUGUAAAAAUCAAGUAUUUUGUUCAUAUAUUAUCAUGUUACUUCAUGAAUGACUCAUUGUAUGUGGUUAAAACCCAGUGGAUGCCUGUAUGUAAUUUAGGAUCUCAAAAUAACUGGCGCUGUAUUAUCUCAUUUAGGUUCAAUAAUGAUCCCAGUAUGGAAACAGACAUUGAAUGUUUGAGGUGACUGUACUUAAAGAAUAUGUUGGUUAUUCCAUGAAGCUGUAUGUUAUUGUCCUGAUUAAGAUUUAAUAAUUGAAAUGUGGCAGCUGAACUACGUUGGCCCUAUUCGGUCACAAAAGGAUGGGAUGACUAUUGCAUAGGGCAGUGAUUUCCCCACAAGAAAUGCAAGACUUAUUUGUUCUAUGUUCCAUGUGGGGGUUUUCCAGUCAGCUAGAUGUUAUGAUGGAAUAUGGUAAGUGCAGUACAGUGUAUAUUAAAAAGAAAAUCUAGAAAUUAUGCCAAAUACUGUAGUUGUAUAAUUGAUAUUUUUAUUACGGUUAUUGAUUUAUCAAUAAAUGUAGUAAUAUUUUUUGAGACAAUUUUAUUGUAAAAGUCGAGUACAAAUAGCACAUGAUAAUAUUGGUGGAAAAUGGUUUAACCUAACAUGACAUCUUGCACUCCUUCUGGAUGGUCUUCUCUCCUCCAAUUCCCAACAGCAUCUGGAUGUACCUAAAUCAGUUAUAAUUAUUGCCAAAGUAUAUUUUGGUAAAAUAAAAGAGGAGAUUGUUAUGAUAUUAAAAGUGA